AGCGUCUGAGACUGCUACAGUCUCAAUUCCGUAAUUAAAACCAAACACAGUCACAGACACAGAAACAGACAAAUCCCAUAGUAAAAUACACAACACAUCACAAAAUGACUCCAUUUUUAUACUCUCUCUCAUCCUUCAAUACCAUACUAUCCCAACCAACCACCACUGCUUCUAUCUAUCUAUAUCACUCCGUCCUCCCUCUCCCUCUCUCUCUCUCUUCUCUCACACUCCAAUAAAUGCACACGCAAUACCACUAGUGGUUUUCACUUGACUGGUUUCCCGAUCACUCGUCGCCGUAGCACCAUCAGCUUCAAAUCAACGAAUCUGAUGCGGCGGUGGCAAGCCCAAAGCUGAGGAGGAGGAGGAGGAGGAGCAGGCAUGGGUUGCGUUCUCGGUAAGAGGGCCGCCGGCGAUGGCCCUCGUAGUAGCCCCUCGGGAGCUUCUCGCCCUCGCCGGAAGGUCGAGCCACCGUUGGAAUCCGCCGGAAUCGCCGGUAGGCAAACUGACAGUUUUCCGGUUCUGGACCGGCUUAAGCCGAAGCCGGAGUUCGGCUUGAAGACGAGCCAAGGCUGGCCGGCGUGGUUGUGCGAGGUCGCCGGCGAGGCCAUCAAGGAUUGGAUCCCCCGCCGCGCCAACACCUUCGAGAAACUCGAUAAGAUUGGGCAAGGGACGUAUAGCAAUGUAUAUAAAGCUAGGGAUUUGAUUAGCGGAAAGAUUGUGGCAUUGAAGAAGGUAAGGUUUGACAAUUCAGAGCCAGAGAGUGUGAAAUUCAUGGCAAGAGAAAUACUAGUCUUGAAAAAGUUAGAUCAUCCCAAUGUAAUAAAGCUUGAAGGCUUAGUUACAUCAAGAAUGUCUUCAAGCCUUUACCUUGUGUUUGAAUACAUGGAACAUGACCUCUCCGGCCUCGCUGCGGUCCAGGGUGUCAAGUUCACUGAACCACAGGUCAAAUGUUUUAUGAAGCAAUUGUUGUCUGGACUUGAGCAUUGUCACAAUAAUGGUGUGUUGCACCGGGAUAUCAAGGGUUCCAAUUUGCUUAUUGACAAUGAAGGAAUUCUGAAAAUAGCUGAUUUCGGACUAGCUUCUUUUUAUGAUUCUAAACGCAAGCAACCAAUGACAAGCCGUGUUGUAACCCUUUGGUAUCGUCCCCCAGAGUUACUUCUUGGGGCCACUUAUUAUGGUGUUGGUGUUGACAUGUGGAGUGCUGGCUGCAUUUUGGCAGAGUUGCUUGCUGGGAAACCAAUAAUGCCCGGACGAACAGAGGUUGAGCAACUUCACAAGAUAUUUAAAUUAUGUGGCUCCCCAUCCGAGGAAUAUUGGAAGAAAUCCAGGUUGCCAAAUGCAACCCUUUUCAAGCCACAGCAGCCAUACAAGCGUUGCAUAUCAGAAACUUACAAUUACUUUCCACCUUCUUCUCUCCCUCUUAUUGAAACUCUUUUGGCAAUUGAUCCUGAUGAGCGAGGCUCUGCCACUGCUGCUCUAAAUAGUGAAUUCUUCACAACUGAACCUUAUGCAUGUGAGCCAUCAAAUUUACCAAAGUAUCCUCCCAGCAAAGAACUGGAUGUGAAAUUGAAGGAUGAAGAAGCAAGAAGGCAAAGAGGUUUGAGCGGGAAAGCUAAUGUUGUUGAUGGAAAUAGAAGGGGGAGAAUUCGGGAUCGGGGUAGCCGGGCAAUUCCGGCUCCAGAAGCCAAUGCAGAGCUCCAGGCAAAUUUAGAUCGGUGGAAAGUCAUGACACAAGCAAAUGCCAAGAGCAAGAGUGAGAAAUUCCCUCCGCCUCAUCAGGAUGGAGCCGUAGGACACCCUCUAGACAAAUCACAUAAUGGCCCUGUAUCAUUUGGUGCUCAAGAUAUUUCUUUUGGCUCAUCAAUAGUGGAGUCCAAUUCAUCAGGAUCUGCUAAUAACACUGCAGCCAUGGGUGGUACUUCCAGGAGGAGGACCAAAAAAGAGGAAGCCCAGAUGGCUCCUUCUCGAAGAUUUAUCCGUACCUUCGUUCCGUCCUCAGUUGGACUAUCAAUGGAUUUUAGAUUAAAGGGUAAAGGAUCAGUUUCAGAGUUUUUUCACAGCAGAAGGUAGGGCGAAGUGUUGGGGGAGCUAUAAGGUUUUUUUUUUUUUUUUUUUUUUUUUUUUUUUUUUUUUUUUUUUUUUUUUUUUUUUUUUGAUUAGGUAUUUUCCUCUUUGUUCUUUAGCUGCAUUUUUGUUGAUUAUGGUCUCCAUUUGUUGAGCUUUGUCAUAAACAUUUUGUUCAAAAGAGGAACUUGAAGGGACUGAAGUGUACAAUCACCAAAAUGAAAUCCCACAUCUGUUUGUACAGCUCUGAGAAAUUAUUGCUAGCUACAUUUCUAUUGAAAGGAAGUAUUUUAUAUGCCACCUA